AUGGCUAAACAAUCCUUAGACGUCUCAAGUGACAGAAGAAAGGCUAGAAAGGCUUACUUCACCGCCCCAUCUUCCGUUCGUCGUGUUUUAUUAUCAGCUCCUCUAUCAAAGGAAUUGAGAGCUCAAUAUGGUAUCAAGGCUCUACCAAUCAGAAGAGACGACGAAGUUUUAGUAUCUCGUGGUGCCAAGAAAGGCCAAGAAGGUAAAGUUUCCUCUGUUUACAGACUAAAGUUUGCCAUCCAAGUUGACAAGGUCACCAAGGAAAAAUCUAAUGGUGCUUCCGUCCCAAUCAACAUUCAUCCAUCAAAGGUUGUUAUUACCAAGCUACAUUUGGACAAAGAUAGAAAGGCUUUGAUUCAAAGAAAAGGUGGUAAGUUGGAAUAA